AGGUCGCGAGUCCGGCCUCAGAGAGCCGCGGAGGCCACGGGGCUCACCCCCGGGCCGACGCGCCCUGGCCCAGAGGGACUGCGGGGCGCGGCGGGGGCGCGGCGAGCGGCCGCAGAGGGACGAAGCGCGCGGAGGGGCGGCCGGCCGAGGCGAGAGCUCAGGUCGCCCCGGCUCGGAGCUGUUACGCACACCCAAGGACGACUGCUGAGGAGAACCUGAGAGCAAGUGUUAACCCGGAAGGUGUGAACCCGGAAGUGAAAGUGAUACAGUGUCUGUCGGGCUGAAAUGUAGCAGAUCACAGAAGGUUCCGGCUUCAGAAAGGAAAGCUGUCGUCCUUUGUUCUUUUUCUUAGGAUCACUCCGUGUACUGAGUUACAAAGUGUGGCGUACACGUGUUGCUGUAGCGCAGGCUUAGUGUCACUUCUGACCUGCCGACUCUGAGAAUCGUUCCUAGAGUAUCAGAGUAACGCUGCUACUGCGGUGGGUGAUGGCGAAGACGGGCCGUGCUCGGGCGCAGAUGCUGAGAUGAAUCGUCACCUGUGUGCUUGGCUUUUUAGACAUUCAUCUCUUAAUGGUCCCCGCCAGUACCACCUCCAGCCCCAAUCUCAUCAAUUUACACAGAUCCAUCUUGAUACAAGGCUGUGGAUUUUUAGACAAAACAGGAAUCGCAUUCUCCAUCAUCUGCUAAAUAAGAAUUGCCCCAGGAGAUACUGUCAUCAGUCCAAGAUGCUGUGGAAGAAUAAAGCACUACAGAAAUACAUGGAGGACCUGAAUAAGGAGUACCGGACGCUUGAUGAGUGUUUGCAGCAUAUGUCUGUGAAUGAAGGGGACCGGAAGUCCUUGAAUCGAAGGCAUGCUGAGUUGGCACCACUUGCAGCCAUUUACCAAGAAAUUCAGGAGGCUGAGCAAGCAAUUGAAGAAUUAGAUUCAAUGUGUAAAAGUCUAAAUAAACAAGAUGAAAAGCAGUUACAAGAACUCGCAUUGGAAGAGAGGCAAACCAUUGCUCAAAAAAUCCAUCUAUUAUACAGUGAGCUUUUCCAGAGUCUAGUGCCAAAGGAGAAAUAUGACAAAAAUGAUGUUAUUUUAGAGGUGACAUCUGGAAGAACUACUGGAGGUGAUAUCUGCCAGCAGUUUACUCGGGAAAUAUUUGAUAUGUACCAGAAUUAUUCAAGCUAUAAAAACUGGAAAUUUGAACUCCUGAAUUACACACCAGCUGAUUAUGGUGGGCUGCAUCACGCAGCUGCCCGAAUUUCUGGUGACAGUGUCUAUAAGCAUCUGAAGUAUGAAGGUGGGAUUCACCGAGUUCAGCGAAUCCCUGAAGUGGGCCUGUCGUCAAGGAUGCAGCGCAUUCACACAGGAACCAUGUCCGUUAUUGUCCUCCCUCAACCAGAUGAGGUAGAUGUGAAGGUGGACCCCAAGGAUUUGCGAAUAGAUACAUUUCGAGCCAAAGGAGCAGGAGGGCAGCAUGUUAAUACAACUGAUAGCGCUGUCAGACUUGUCCAUAUCCCCACAGGGCUUGUGGUAGAAUGCCAACAAGAACGAUCACAGAUUAAAAAUAAAGAAAUAGCUUUGCGUGUGUUGAGAGCUAGACUCUACCAGCAGAUGAUUGAGAAAGACAGGUGUCAGCAACAAAGUACUAGAAAACUGCAGGUGGGAACAAGAGCCCAGUCAGAGAGAAUUCGGACAUAUAAUUUCACCCAGGAUAGAGUCACUGACCACAGGAUAGCAUAUGAAGUUCGUGAUAUUAAGGAAUUUUUAUGUGGGGAGAAGUGUCUGGAUCAGCUAAUUCAGAGACUGCUUCAUUCAGCAGAUGAAGAAGCCAUUACUGAAUUUUUGGAUGAAAACCUUAAAUCAGCAAAAUAAAUGCAGAUUUAUUAUUUAUUAUUAUAUAAAUGAAAGGGACCUAUCUCAAGAAGCAAGCUGUUCAUAAAGUAUAGCUAAAAUUACACGGUAUGUACAAAUAUAUUUUUUAAUGAAUAAGUCACAUUUCUUGACCUAAGAGCUUAUAAAGUAAAUCCAACUCUUCAAGCAGAAAACAAGCAUGUGUUGUUGAAGAGAAAUAAAGUAUUGAGAAUUGACUAUGUGAUACAAGUUUAUAAACUCUGUAAACCCCUGUUUCAAGAAAAAGUAUUGUUAAUCAUGUUAAAAUUAGGUUUUAAACUGCUACUUUUAAAUAAAAAAUAAAUAAAAAUUGUGAAGAAUAGGAGUCAAUAACUGAGCAUCUCCAGGAUACAGAUUGUAGAGCUCUUUGAGAGUGGAACAAAUUCUAUACAGUAUAAACUACAAACCAGUAUUUAAAGUGAACUGUCUGCUUGGCUUUUAUUUCUCAUUUUUCUUUGGCCUAACAUGAGCAUCAACAGAUGAGGUGUAACAUGAGUAAUUCUCUACGCCUGGUUUUGUGCAGUGAUGUACAUAGAACCCAGUCCUUACCUUACAGAGCUUCCAGUUGAAUGACAGAGCCAAAAUAGAAACCACGAGCUGUAAUACCAAGUGACAUGAUGUACUUGUUCUCAGGAAGUUUCUUGAGUAAAAAAGAAAGGGGUUAUUAUUUUAGACAUUCCUCAGAAGGAAAUUAUGUGCCCAGGAAAGACUACCUAAAAUAGAGUUUUAAGGGUGCCUGGGUGGCUCAGUUGGUUAAGCGACUGCCUUCGGCUCAGGUCAUGAUCCUGGAGUCCCGGGAUCGAGUCCCACAUCGGGCUCCCUGCUCAGCAGGGGGUCUGCUUCUCCCUCUGCCCUCUUCCCUCUCGUGCUCUCUGUCUCUCAUUCUCUCUUUCUCAAAUAAAUAAAUAAAAUCUUAAAAAAAAAAAGAUUAAAAAAAAAGUUUUAAGACCAAUGGAAUUAGGAGGUGAAAAUAGAGGUGAAAUUAUUUUUCCCCAGUUUUUUAUUUUGAAAAUCUUCAAGCACAUAGAAAAAGUUUUUAAAAUAAUUUUUAAGAAAUAGUGCAGUGAACUACUAGGUAUUUACCCAAAGGAUACAAAAAUAAAGAUUCAAAAGGGUACAUGCACCCCAGUGUUUAUAGCAACAUUAUCAACAAUAGCAAAACUAUGGAAAGAGAUCAAAGAAUAGAGAAAGAAGAUGUGGUAAUAUAUACAAUGGAAUAUUACUCAGCCAUCAAAAAAAUGAAAUCCUGCCAUUUGCAAAGAUGUGGAUGGAGAUAGAGUAUUAUGCUAAGCGAAAUAAAUCAAUCAGAGAAAGACAAAUACCAUAUGAUCUCACUCGUGUGAAAUUUAAGAAACAAAACAGAUGAACAUAUGGGGGUGGGAAGAGAGAGGGAAACAAACCAUAAGAGACUCAAUAGAGAACAUUCUGAGGGUUGAUGGAGGGAGGGGAGGUGGGUGAGGGAUGGGUUAAAUGGGUGAUGGGCAUUAAGGAGGGCAUUUGUUAUGAUAAGCACUGUAAGUGAUAAAUCACUGAAUUCCACUCCUGAAACCAAUAUCUCACUGUAUGUUAACUAACUAGAAUUUAAAUAAAAAUUUGAAAAGAAAAAAAAAGGAAAUAGAGCCAAACCAAAAAAAAAAAAAAAGGAAAGAAAUAGUGCUAAUGAACAGUAUAUAUUACCAUUUUGCUACAGUUGUCUUUUGCUCUCUCCGUACAUAUAAACAUAUGUGUGGUGGUUAUUGGACCAUUUAAGUCAGUUGCAGACGUUGUAACUCCACACCAAAAUAUCUCAGCAUGUCCUAAAAAUAAGGACAUUCUCCUACAAAUCAAAACUCCAUUAUUACACUUAAUUGUAUAAUAAUAAUUAUAUAAUAUGAUCUAAUAUCUAUCACAUAUUAAAAUUUCUUCAGUUAUCCCUAAAAUGUCUUUUUUAGCUGUUUUUGUUUGUUAGUUUUAUGCAAUCCAGGGUCCAACCAAGAUUCAUACACUGUAUUUGGUUGUAUGUCUUUAGUGUUUGGAUUAAUCCCCCAGCCUUUUUUCCACUUGACGUUGAGCCAGAGGCACACCACUAAGCUGCUCUAGGAUACCUGACUCUAAGAAAUUGAGUAAAUUAAUGGUUUUUGCUGCAAAUUUGGGGGUAAUUUGUUAUACCAAAUUGUAUGUAAUGAAUAUACCCAGUGGCCUUUCAUCUCAUUGAUUUAACAUCAGUUAAUGAUUCCUGCUUUGCCCUGUUCCACUGGGGUUAAAAAAUGGUGAUGUUCUUGUUCUUUCUACAUUAAUAGCUGGCAUUCUUUAAAGAAAGCUUUCCUUUGUUUUUCCUCUCACUUUCUCUUAAGUUGAGAGAUAAUUUAAUCCUAUUUGGAUCAAUAUCAUUAUUCCCCCAGGGGUAAACAUUGCCCUCUAAAAUAAUUGAUGUUUCUGGAGAAUCUGAUUUAAUUUGAAAUAACAUUCAAUUAAAUAGGGAGUUUCAGGGUAAGCAUUAGAAACUGAUUUUUAUUGUCGGGUAGUUUACAUAACAGAAACAUCCUGGGGCGACUGGCUGGCACAGUCAGAAGAACAUGAGACUCUUGAUCUAGGGGUCAUGAGUUUGGGCCCCACAUUGGGCAUAGAGAUUACUUAAAAAAAAAAUAAAAACAUUUUUUAAAAGAAACAUUUAUCCAAGGAAAUGUAAAUUAAAAUACUGCAUGAAUCAAGGCAAAAUGAAGAUAGUCUAAUUUGCUAUAUGAUGUCAAAUGUGAGAUCACAUGUCAUUUCAAAUUUUUUUUUCAGAAAAAAAUCAAUACAUAAACCUCAAAAUAUGAUGUCUGCAAAAAAUUCAUUAAUUUAAGAAAGUGAAAAAUUGUAAGAGGGAAAGCAAGAGAAAGGGGCAUUGAUGUGUUCUAUUCAUUCAUUUGAUGGUCAGUAUUAACAUUCUAUACAUGGCAAGGAAGGGCAGGCUCUAAGAGGGAACGAGAACAAAAGGAAAAGUGCUUCUUCAGCCAAAGAGAGGCUCUGCCUUCCUGGAAGGAAGUCCAGAGCUUCCUACCACCACCAAGGUCUUUGCCCUUCCCUCGUUUUCCAGCUCUGGCUUUCCCUUAAAACACACACUUUAUUUGGAGGGAAAAAAAAUCAAAACAAAAGUUGGAACUAUGAACCUAUAAAAAUCUUGGGUGGUGUUUUUUCUCAAACCUCUGUAUAAGUACAAAUCACUUGGGGAUCUCGCCAUAAUGCAGAUUUUAAUUCAGAAGUUCUGGGGCCUGUUCUGCAUUUCCACAAUUCAUUUCAUUUCCACAAGCUCCCAGAUGAAGGUGGAUACUUCUGACUCACAAACAGCACUUGGAGUGGCAAAGAUAUAGGAUACCUAUUAUUCAAUGAGUACUUUCAGUUGUUAUACAUAUUUUUGUAUAAUGAGUUUCAGUUAAACUUGUCAUCCUACUUCAUUCAGAUAGACAAAUUUAUCUCCCAAACUACGAAGAUAAAGUUGACAUCUUUUAACUGUUAGUAGAAAAAUGUUAGGAAUCGGGGCGCCUGGGUGGCUCAGUCAUUAAGCGUCAUGAUCCCAGGGUCCUGGGAUCGAGCCCUGCAUCAGGCUCCCUGCUUGGCGGGGAGCCUGCUUCUCCCUCUCCCACUCCCCCUGCUUGUGUUCCCUCUCUCGCUAUAUUUCUCUCUGUCAAAUAAAUAAAAAAAGAAAAAAAUGUUAGGAAUCAACCUAUAAGCCAAUGAUAAAUCAGGGUUUUUGUAAAAAAUUUGAAAAGCCAAAGUUUAUUGCCUCAUAUGCACAGCACCUUUAGAAUACCAAAGAAUAAUAAACUUUAUUUAGAAAAUAAACGAGAUAUUUUUAAUUGACUUUAAAAUUUUGUCAAGGGGGCGCCUGGGUGGCUCAGUUGGUUAAGCAACUGCCUUCGGCUCAGGUCAUGAUCCUGGAGUCCCGGGAUCGAGUCCCGCAUCGGGCUCCUUGCUCAGCAGGGAGUCUGCUUCUCCCUCUGACCCUCUCCCCCUCAUGCUCUCUCUGUCUCUCAUUCUCUCUCUCUCAAAUAAAUAAAUAAAAUCUUAAAAAAAAAAAAA